GAUUGCACACUCGAUUGAUCAGUCCGUCUGCGCUGGACAGACAUCUCCCGGGGGGAAGACGUACACUAAUCAGAGAGAGGAAGUUGAGCUCACUGGUGAGCACUUGAGGCGGAGAGGCAAACGGCAAUCAUGCUCUCGGAGGAAUUCGUUUCUGCGAUCUGCGGAGCCCCUCUAUCCUCCAACACCGCCAUCGCCAAAGAUGUCGGCAUCUACUUCCACUCCCUCAGCCCCACAUACUCGGUCAAAUCGACUUUCAAGAAGAGCUCAAGUCCUGUAAACGGCCUUGCUGUCAGCGAGACUCACGUCUUUGCCGCGCAGCAUGAAAAGGCCUACGUGCAUGUCUACUCUAGGCUCCGUGGGAAUCAGGAGGCAUUUGUGGCCUUUCCCGAAAGGAUACGAUGCUUGACCCUAGCCGGGGAUGUCCUGAUACUAGGCACUACAGAAGGCCGCCUCAUGCUUUGGGAGACGUGCACUGGCCGACUGGUAUCGACCCCGGCGCGCCACGUCCAGGCGGUCUCGUGCGUUGCUGCAACGCCAUACCAUGUUCUUACGGGUUCCGACGACUCGGAUAUUCACGUGUGGUCGCUGCUUCAGCUUCUGGAGCUCGACUCUGCGGCCGAGCACCAACCGCAACGGAGCCUCUCCAACCACAGGGCUGCCAUCACCGGCCUUUCCGUGAGCCCGAGCGUCAGCAGCGACACAAAUUUCUGUGUUUCUGCGAGCAAGGACAAGUCAUGCAUAAUCUGGAAUUAUCAGACCGGCGAUGCCCUGCGAACGCUUCUUUUCCCCAGCUCUCCCCUUUGCCUGUCUCUCGACCCGUCCUCCAGAGCCAUCUGCGUCUCCUGCGACGAUGGGUCUCUCUAUGUCACCGAGGUCUUUUCCGAAAAGCCUCUCUUGGGACCAGGGGCCGAGGAAGCCACGACAGUCGUCCAGAUCUCCUCGCCCUUUGGUGCGACGCAGCCCGAUGUUGGGCCUGCUUCCUGCCUGAGCUGGAGCUAUGACGGUACGAUGCUGCUCACGGGGCACCCCAAGGGCCAGAUAAUGCGGUGGGAUGUUGCGGAAAACAAGUCGCCCGUUGAACUGGCCAACCUUAACGCCGCCGUCACAAAUGUCUUGUUUAUCUCCCCCUUCCCGGCGGAGAGGCCGACCAAGACGGUAAAUAUCAUCAAACCAUCCCAAGCCGAGCGCACUUACGCCCUCGCGGUGCAAUUUGAGUCGUAUCCUGGCUCCGAAACCGGGUUUGACUCGCUGCUCAAUGCCUCAGGGUUUCCAAACCAGGCCAUGGAGAACGCGAUAGCAGCGUUCAAUCAGCCGGCCGCCGAGUCUGCCACCGAACAAGAAUUGCGGAAGCAGAACGAAGAGCUGUGGGAAAUCAUCAACGAACAGAAGGCGCUACAAAAACAAACUCUCCAACGUUAUGUCGAGGCAAAGUCCAGCCGUUAAGUCAGCGCAGCUCUCGCACAGUGUCGUAAAGAUAGGGAAUGCGCAUCAAGAAGUGGGCUCGCAGCUCAUAUAAGGGGCACGCCAAACACAUAGAGUGCGUUGCUAAAGAUACUCCAUAAAGCCGAAGAAAUAGACACGACAGGGAUCCUCUUCUUCUUCUCCGCCUCGAGGCGGUGCCUCAAAGCAUUGCAAGUAGAAGACAAUUCUUCCCAAACGACUCAUGCAGUUGUUUGACCGCCUUGAUCGCUCGACAAUGUUUCAGCGAAUGACCCCGAGUCAAAACCGCUGCGAGGUCAUAAGGUGAGAGCUACAUAACCUCCUACAGCAGCUGCUAUUGCCGCCGGGGUUAAACCGCAAACCGCUCCCCCGCUCGACCCCAGUCGCGGUAAGGA